GCUAUUCGUAUUGUGACGCACUUAAUUUUUAUCCGUUCGCAAUAUUUAGGAAUCGAAGGUGUUGUUUCAUGGUUCUAUAGUUUGAAAGACGAAAUCUUAACUCGUGCAGAUAUAAAAAAAAUUCGUAUGCCAUAAUAAGCAAAUUCGAUUUGGAUAUAAAUUUUCGUGGGAGUACUUCUCAAUCUUAUUGUGGUUAAAAGAUUCUUAUUUUCAAUAUAUUAUGUGAUUAUUAAUAAAAUUAUUUUUAAAAAAUAAGUAAAAUAUUGGAGUUUUUUAAAAUUAAGAAUGUCCCUAGUGAAAGUGUCAUCACUUCUUGUGUGAGAAAAAAAAGAGCAUCCAAUGAUUCUGUUGAGGGAAUAUUUUUUGCUAUUAAGUUUGAUGUGAAGUGAAAGAAAAAAAAAAAGAAAUUGCAUAAGUCAAUGUAUAAAGUACAAAUAUAUUUUAUGAUAUAAAGAGUCUCAUGAAAAUGUUUGAGUGCGAGGAGUUAAAUGCAUCUACUGAUUAAUCAAAAUGCGUAACAGUUUAAUUGUUGAUAAAAUAUUUGCUGAAACGUUAAAUUUUCUAUUAAUAUCGUCGAUUGGAUAUCCUUAUUGUGGAUAUCAAACAAAUGCUAUGAAUACUUCAAAAGAAUUUUUAACUUCAACAAUAGCUUCUUACACAACAAUAGGCUCUAUAAUAAAUCAUCAUCAUUUAAAAAGGCCAAGUAAUAUGGAUAAAAAACAUUUAAAUGAUUCAAGUACAUUAAAUAUGAUAUCGAACUUUGCCAAAGAAGAUCAUUCAGCAAAAUUAAUAAACACUCAACAACAUUUCGCUGAAGAUAUAAUUCAACAAACAACUGAACCAUCAUCACUAUUCAACAGCUCUAAAGAUUAUUUAUUAUUUAAUAAUUCCACGGAACUGAUUUCAAAAACGAGAAUUACUACUACAGCGUCUAGUUUUCCAACGCCAAGUUUAAGCAUCUCAACAAUAAAACCUGCACCAACUAAAACCGAUAGCAAAUUGACAUUGCCGAAGUUUCAGAAGACCGAUGCACCUAUGUUAAAUUACAUAUUUGAUAUGUUUUCUACAGCAAAUAAACAUCAUCAUCAUGAUCAAAGAUAUGGACCGCACUUUGAAGAUAUACAAAAAGAAGGCAAACCCACAAAUAUAACAGUUCAAGCUGGAGCAAGUGUUUUUCUAAAUUGCCGAAUUUCUUUGCUUCAAGAUAAGACUGUCUCUUGGGUACGAAGAAAUUCUAUGGGAGAGGAUGCACUUGAAUUAUUGACUGUUGGAUUACAUACGUACACCGGUGACAAAAGAUACACAAUGGAAUUUCAAUAUCCAAACAAUUGGCGAUUGAAAAUAACAAGUGCAAAAAAAGAAGACGAAGCCACAUAUGAAUGUCAAAUUUCGACGCAUCCGCCCAGAGUCAUACAAAUUCAUCUAAGUGUUAAUGCACCGAAAGUUAUCAUUGUGGACGAAUACAGUAUUCCAUUACAGGAAAAGUAUUACGAAAUCGAUUCAACACUGCAAUUAUCUUGCACAGUACGAAAUGUUGUGAUGACCUCCUCUGUAGUGUUUUGGCGACACGGAGAUCAAAUUUUAAACUACGAUACAACACGAGGUGGAGUAAGCGUGAGAACAGAUUUAAUGGAAGAUGGUGCUAAUUCUACUCUUUCGAUUGCAAGAGUAAACAAACAAGAUUCCGGUAACUAUACGUGUUCAAUUAGUGAUUCCCAGGACUACACUAUUAUGGUUCAUAUACUUAAAGGCGAGAGCUUUGCCGAAUUACACCACGGAGCCGGCGGACGCAUAUGUGAUCAUUAUUCAAUACUUCUUAUUAUCAUUACUUUAAGUCUAAUUUUAAGCAACACAAAUAAUACGUUUAGAUAGGAACUAAUAAAAUGCCUAGAAUUUUGUUAAGUAAUAAAUUAGUAUUUUAAUAAAG